AUGCCACCUUGUUUUGAAUUUGAUGAUGAAGAGGUGAGUACCAUGCCUGUAUGGGUGAAGUUAUCGGGCCUUCCAUUGGAUUGUUGGAAUUCAAGAGUAUUGUCUAAAAUUGCUUCCAAGAUUGGGAAGCCAAUUUCGACUGAUAAACUCACUGCUACGAAGGGGAGAUUGUCGUAUGCACGUGCUUUAGUGGAGAUUGAUGCGUCAAAGGAACUGGUGGUUGAGUAUGAACAUGAGCCCAAAUUUUGUGCCAACUGCAAGAUGUUGGGUCAUACUACUAAAGCUUGUAAUACCAACAAACAUGGAGCUAUACACGGUCAGAAAGUGGUUGCGAAAAAUAACCAAGGUAAAGGGGUGGUAACUGGACACAAUGUGGUUGAUCCCCCAGUUCAGGCUGCUUUGGAUGCUGGGGUUUCCUCCGAACAGUUGGUGUCAGCACAGGGACAACAUGAGGUCCAUGUUGAUGUUCCGUUUCCUCAGAUUGCAAACAAAUCAUCAACUAAAGUGCCAAAAGGUGGUGGAAAAUCUGGGCAGCCCUCUGCUGGACAGAAUCUUAACACUUUUUCAGAAAAUGUGCAAAAUCAUUCUUCUAAGGAGGGGGAUACUACUACUUUGCAGUGUUUGAGUUCUAAGAAUGUGGAUGGCAAAGUUAUUUGUUUGGAUAAAACAAAUGAGAAGCACAAAGGUAAGACAGAUGAGAAACGUAAUUUAUUCAUUGAUAAGAAAAAGAAGAAAGGUCAUUCCCUUCCUUCUUCAUCAUGA